CUGACGGCCCAGCCGCUCGCGGGCCGAGCUCUCCCGGGGGCCGCCGACUCCUCUCGCGGGCCCGGGCCCGGCUCGCCAACCUCGGGCAGCGGCCGAAGACGCCGGAGCCCCGAUCGCUCGGACCCGGACUGAGCGGCGAGAUCCCCGGAUCCCGAGGAGGGAGGCUGGCGGCGGCUGCGGCUGCUCCUCUCCGGCCCGGCCUCCUCUCCAAAGCCGAGUCCUCCCUCAGACGCUGCUCUCCUGCCUUACGAGACGGCACGGGACGCUUAGCGGGGAAGACGCGGCUCCCGGACUGGGUCCCCCAAGGAAGGCUUGUAGUUGGGGAAAAGAGAAGAAGGAAGAAAACAGGCCGUUCCUUCCCUCGGAAGCCAUGUUACGAUCCACAAGUGUAUUUCAUUUAGACACUUUCUUGUGAUGCCGAAGUGACUGGGGUAGCCAGGGCCCUGGUCUGUCUGGUUCUUAGGGAUGGUUCAUUGGACUGUGCUGUCUGUGCACUAUUGUCGUCGUCGCGCUUUAUUUUGUAGGGGCUGAUGAAAUCUGUGUCCACUUUGCGUCCUCCGCUUCCCUUGGAUAGCUCUCACCUUUAGGGUUUUGUUGUCUCUUGAGGGGAGAGAUGAUGUAGGAAGGGUGAGCAGGCGUGGAGUUUACUGGGGUGCUCGGGAGAAGCUGUCUCCCUCCAUUGAAACCACCACCACCCAGCACCACCCAGCACCACCACCGCGCUAACUUCUGGAUCUUUUGAUACGAAGUUAGUGUGUGUGUGUGUGUGUGUGUGUGUGUGUGUUGGUGUCUUUCCUUAGAAGAAACCAGUUAAAACCAUUGUUCGAAUAAGGAUUAGUUCAGUGUACACUUCACCGGUGGAGACCUCCAGAGAUGAAAGUGGAGUUGAAAGUCUCAUUCAGUCCUGGGAUUUUAUGCUGAUGCUGACAUCAAGGGAAGAGUCUUGCUCAUUUGGAUUGCCCUGUGGGUAGAGGCAAGGGCUGUUCCAUUUACAGAAGGAAAUGAAACCAGCUCACUUGCCCAGGCCACUGACAACUUUGUGCUAUAACUUAUUGUGCUCAUUGUCUGGAACCCCUUGGGCAAAAAAGCACAGAAGUCCAAAAUCUAUGGGGAAAGAGCCAGCUUUCUUGGUGGGUUUUUUCAGCUUUCUGGUGCCUCUAGGUUCUAUGGUGUCCCCAAAAGACUGUGGGGGAUAAGAAAAGGAUGAGUUGUAAGGAUGAAUUCUGACCCGGGCUUCCAUUGUUAUCCUUCUUUAGUGUUGCCUUCUGCUUCCUGAGGAGAAAGAAGACGGCCCAGGAGAAGUUUUCUUGACAGUCAUCUCAACAGAAGAGCUCUGAGAGAUGGAACCGGAGGAAGAAAGAGUCCGUUAUAGCCAGAGACUGCGCGGCACAAUGCGAAGACGCUAUGAAGAUGAUGGUAUUUCUGAUGACGAAAUUGAAGGAAAAAGGACUUUUGACUUGGAUGAAAAACUCCACACCAACAAAUACAGCGCUAGUUUUGUCACCUUUAUGGAAGGAAAAGAUUUUAAUGUAGAGUAUAUCCAGCGGGGUGGCUUGAGAGAUCCUCUGAUUUUCAAGAGUUCUGAUGGACUUGGAAUAAAGAUGCCAGACCCAAACUUCACUGUGAAUGAUGUGAAAAUGUGUGUGGGGAGCCGUCGAAUGGUGGAUGUCAUGGAUGUGAAUACCCAGAAAGGCAUUGAAAUGACCAUGGCCCAGUGGACCCGCUAUUAUGAGACUCCAGAGGAAGAGCGUGAGAAACUCUAUAAUGUCAUUAGCCUGGAAUUCAGCCACACCAGAUUGGAGAACAUGGUGCAGAGGCCUACCACGGUGGACUUUAUCGACUGGGUGGACAACAUGUGGCCGAGGCACUUGAAGGAAAGCCAGACAGAGUCCACCAAUGCUAUCCUGGAGAUGCAGUACCCCAAAGUACAGAAGUACUGUCUCAUGAGUGUCCGGGGCUGCUACACUGACUUUCACGUGGACUUCGGUGGCACCUCUGUGUGGUACCACAUCCAUCAGGGGGGAAAGGUCUUCUGGCUCAUACCACCUACGGCCCAAAACCUGGAACUGUAUGAAAAUUGGCUGCUGUCGGGGAAACAGGGAGACAUCUUCUUGGGUGACCGCGUGUCCGAAUGCCAGCGCAUUGAGCUCAAGCAGGGAUACACCUUUGUUAUCCCCUCAGGCUGGAUUCAUGCAGUAUACACCCCCACAGACACAUUAGUGUUCGGGGGCAACUUUUUGCACAGUUUUAACAUCCCCAUGCAGCUUAAAAUCUACAACAUUGAAGAUCGGACACGGGUCCCAAAUAAGUUCCGUUACCCAUUCUACUAUGAGAUGUGUUGGUACGUGUUAGAACGCUAUGUCUACUGCAUCACCAACCGCUCCCACCUGACCAAGGAUUUCCAGAAAGAAUCACUCAGUAUGGAUCUGGAGUUAAAUGGUCUGGAGUCUGGAAGCAUGGAUGAAGAGGCUUCAGAGAAAGAGCCCAGGCGCCUGAGCAGCCGGCGCUCCAUCCUUACCAGUCCUAUGGCCAACGGGGUCAAUGUGGAUUACGACGGGCUGGGCAAAACCUGCAGAAACCUGCAAGGGCUGAAGAGAAGCUUGUCAGUGGACUCUUCCUCAGAGUCCGGCCGGAGCUCCCACAACGGGCAAGCGUGGGAUCCUCAGUGUGGCCCCAGGAAGGACAGGCAGGUGCACCUAACUCACUUUGAGCUGGAAGGUCUCAGGUGCCUCGUGGAUAAGCUGGAGUCACUGCCAUUACACAAGAAAUGCGUCCCAACGGGCAUUGAAGACGAAGACGCUCUCAUUGCUGAUGUCAAGAUACUGCUAGAAGAGCUUGCCCAUAGUGAUCCCAAGUUAGCCCUCACUGGAGUCCCCAUAGUGCAGUGGCCCAAAAGGGACAAGCUUAAAUUCCCCACUCGGCCGAAGGUGCGGGUCCCCACCAUUCCCAUCACAAAACCUCACACCAUGAAGCCUGCUCCUCGACUGACCCCAGUAAGACCCGCCGCCUCGCCCAUCGUCUCAGGAGCCCGCAGGCGGCGGGUUCGAUGCCGAAAAUGCAAGGCCUGUGUCCAAGGCGAGUGUGGUGUGUGCCACUACUGCAGGGACAUGAAGAAGUUCGGGGGGCCUGGUCGCAUGAAGCAGUCGUGUGUCCUUCGCCAGUGUUUGGCACCCCGACUGCCCCAUUCAGUCACGUGUUCUCUCUGCGGAGAGGUGGAUCAGAAUGAGGAAACCCAGGACUUUGAGAAGAAGCUCAUGGAAUGCUGUAUCUGCAAUGAGAUUGUUCAUCCUGGCUGCCUGCAGAUGGAUGGAGAAGGGCUGCUCAAUGAUGAGCUGCCCAAUUGCUGGGAGUGCCCAAAGUGCUAUCAGGAGGACACUUCUGAGAAGGUGCAGAAACGUAAAAUGGAUGAUAGCGAUGAAGACGUGGUCCAAGCCAAAGUCCUGCGGCCUCUGCGGAGCUGCGACGAGCCACUCACGCCACCCCCUCACUCGCCCACCACCAUGCUGCAGCUCAUCCAUGACCCAGUGUCCCCUCGAGGCAUGGUGACCCGCUCCUCCCCAGGAGCCGGUCCCAGUGACCACCACAGUGCCAGCCGUGACGAGCGCUUCAAACGGCGGCAGCUGCUGCGGCUUCAGGCCACGGAGCGAACGAUGAUGCGGGAAAAAGAGAACAAUCCCAGUGGCAAGAAGGAGCUCUCCGAAGUCGAGAAGGCCAAAAUCCGGGGGUCCUACCUCACGGUCACACUGCAGAGGCCCACCAAAGAGCUGCACGGAACAUCCAUCGUGCCCAAGCUGCAGGCCAUCACGGCCUCCUCCACCAACCUCCGCCAUUCUCCCCGGGUCCUGGUGCAGCACCCUCCGGCUCGAGCUCCCCAGCGGGGGGACGAGGAGGGCCUGGCUGGAGAGGAGGACGAGGAGGAGGAGGACGACGACGAGGAGGACGAGGAGGAGGGCGGGGCAGCCAGACUGAACGGCCGGGGAGGCUGGGCACAGGAUGGGGAGGAAAGCUGGAUGCAGCGGGAGGUCUGGAUGUCUGUCUUCCGCUACCUCAACCGCAGAGAACUUUGUGAAUGUAUGCGGGUGUGCAAGACAUGGUAUAAAUGGUGCUGUGACAAGAGACUCUGGACAAAGAUCGAUUUGAGCAGGUGCAAGGCCAUUGUCCCCCAGGCCCUGAGCGGCAUCAUCAAGAGGCAGCCAGUCAGCCUGGACCUCAGUUGGACCAACAUCUCCAAAAAGCAGCUGACCUGGCUCGUCAACAGGCUUCCCGGCCUAAAAGAUCUCCUUUUAGCCGGCUGCUCCUGGUCUGCAGUCUCUGCUCUCAGCACCUCCAGCUGCCCGCUUCUCAGGACCCUGGACCUUCGGUGGGCCGUGGGAAUAAAGGACCCUCAGAUUCGAGACUUGCUGACCCCACCGACUGAUAAGCCUGGUCAGGACAAUCGCAGCAAGCUCCGAAACAUGACUGAUUUUCGGCUGGCCGGCCUGGACAUCACUGACGCCACCCUCCGUCUCAUCAUUCGCCACAUGCCGCUUCUGUCUCGACUUGACCUCAGUCACUGCAGCCACCUUACCGACCAGUCGUCCAAUCUGCUAACGGCCGUUGGCUCUUCCACUCGCAACUCCCUCACAGAAAUCAAUAUGGCAGGUUGCAAUAAGUUGACAGACCAGUCCCUGUUGUAUCUACGGCGCAUCUCUAAUGUCACCUUGAUUGACCUUCGAGGCUGCAAGCAGAUCACCCGGAAGGCCUGUGAGCAUUUCAUCUCAGACCUCUCCAUCAACAGCCUCUACUGCCUGUCUGAUGAGAAGUUGAUCCAGAAAAUCAGCUAAAGCCCACUCAGCCCCAGACUGAACAGGAAACAGAAACCCCCUUCCCACUCCCCACGGCGGAGAGCUGCUCCCCCCAUUUGGCACAGGCCACUCCCUCUGCUCUCAUCCCUGUCCCCUUCUAGCACAGCAGGAGAGGGGCAGAGAGGGUGUUCCUGCUGCACGGCCCUCGCCUGACCGGGCAUAAGGAGGACCCACCUGCUCCCUUCUCCCCUUCCUUCCUUCCCUCCCUCCCUCGUUCGUUCGUGCGUUCUUUCCCUCCCUCUUAUGAAAAAGGGAUAGGAAAAAAAAUCACAGGAGGUGCUGUUGAGGUGCUCACUUGGAGACCAAGUUCAAGUUCGUAGUUGGGGGUGCUGUGCCAACUUAAUCGGCACAACCGCCUCCCUCCACCCCGACCCCAGGCCACCCUUUCCCCUCCUCCUCCCAUCUCCCAGCAGGGCCUGGGCCAAGCAUUGUCCCUGGGAAGGGAAGCAGCUGGCACUGCUGCAGAGAGAGGGGCCCUGCCUCUGUGGCCAGACUUCUCCUGGGGUGUUCAGGCUCUGCCCGUUUUCCGCAGAAGGUGGCACCGGCCCCAGGAAGGCCAGACCCUGCAAUCACACUGGUGCUGUUGAAUUUCCAGAAACCUCCUCCGUGUCUGUCCCCACCCUCUGCAGCUUGACACUGUCCAAGGCUCCUAGCUCACCAAACACCUCUCCCUGGACUCUGCCCCGAGUCCAUGUCACGUUGCUGUGCACUUAAUUGGCUGCUGCCCUGUGGACAUGCCAGGGCCGCUUCUGUCCAGAACUGCUGCUGUUCAGCCACAGCCCAGAGCAGCCAUGUUGGGCUGGGGGGGGGGGGACUCCUGAGCCCAGCUCCAAACACAAGAUCCCCCUGCUGAAGCCCUCCCCUCCUCCUAUCCCCCCCCCCCUUCUUUUUUCUUUUUCUGAAGAGGGCUUACCUUGGGGUGGUGUGUGUGUGUGUGUGUGUGUGUGUGUGUGUGUGUGUGUGUGUGUGUGUUUGGAGGGAGUGGGUGGCUUCCACAGAGCUGGGGGUGGGUGGGGAGGGUGGGGGGAGGAUGAGGACCAGGCCGGGUCCCUGCUCUUCUGACGGCCUGCAAGGGUCUUGUCUUUGUGUAUAGUCUGGUGACUCAAUCCUUGUUCUUCAGCUUAGAGAAAUACUACGCUUUGGCUCUCCCCCUGCACAGCCGCUAGGUGCCUGCCCUCAGCCUGGAUCCCCAGGCCAGGGGCAGGGGGGAGGGGGUGGUCUGCAUGUGCCUGUUUGUGUAGGCUUUGGGGAGGGCUGGGGUUAGUGUGCGCUCCCUCCCUGCUGCCCCCCCCCCCUGUCAGCUGCCCCCGUUCUUUUGCAUUGAGCAGGCUGGUCCAAAGAUCCUCUCUAGGGCAGCAGAGAGCUUUUUGCACUUUAAAAAGAAAGAAAAGGUCGUGAUUUCUUUUUGGGUCAAUAUGGAAGUAAAAGGAGGUGCUCACAGCAGCUGCCUGUGGCAAGAGCUUCUAAAUGUUAUACGCAAAUUUGCACUCUGCUCCCCAAUCUGUAAGGAUGUUGAUAGCACAACCUUCUCCCCUCUUCUUUCCCAUCUACCUGUCACUUCCCUUUCCAGACCCCAGUCCCAGGAUUUCCUCUUGCCCACAGCCCUGCUAGGGGAAGGGACAAGGAACCGAGCCCGGCAGCCCAAGCCAGACACCAACUGCACCCUUGCUCUUUCCAAAGCACUAGUGGGCAAGAGGGACUCCCACAGUGACCACUUACCCCAGUUAUGACUCCUGGCCUUGACUUAAGUCUCCAGAAAGAAAGAUGAGUCUCGGGGAGGGAGCGGCAUGGGUAGGCGAUGGCAGUGUGGGAUGUGUCUGUUCCGGCAAAUGUUCUAAUGAUACAGGCUGCACCUUACAAAUGGCAGUGCGCUCCCUUCAGCCCUGACCCCCGACCCCGGCCCCCCAACCUGGGCCAACACAGAGGGAACGUCAGGGACUUGAUUCCAGAGUGCCUCAGUAGGGGAACUUCUCUGUAAAGAACCCUGGGUAUCGAGCAAAAACCUUUAUUAUUAAGAUUAUUAUUGCGAAUGACCUAUAAUUGGAAGCUUCCUGCCUUUUUCGGUUGCUCCUGUGGAAAAUACUGAAAAGAAGACUUACUGUUUGCUUUUUGCCUUUUUUGUAAAAGGGGAGGUGGAGAGACCCCUUCACAGCAGGGAUUGUGCCGGGAGAGUGCCUCUGACUUUGGGACAUUUUAACCUGAAGAGAAAUUUCCAGGCCCAUUGGGGAUUUUUCAUUUUCAGCUUGGAAAAAUGGAAGCAUUUUUCCCGGGCACAGAAGUUGGUCAGCAGAAAUGGGAGCACGGGAGCCAUGGUGGAGGGACCCACGUUCCCCCUGCUGGGUUUUGCUUCCGUUUUGGAGAAGGGAGGGGCCAAUGGCUUUUAGAGGGGAUGGGGUCGCUCCCUGCCCUGCUGGUGGUAGCAGUUCUUGAGUUCCUGCACUGGGGCCGGGGAAGGAAAAAAGGUGGCUUCAAUGGCAGCACUUGCAUUCUGCUCCUAGACACAGCCCCCCAGGAAAGUCCACAGCUCCAGAGACAGCAGGGUGAGGCUCCUGGCCUCCUGCCUCCACCUUUCUGAGCACGGGGGUGAAAACCACAAAGGAAAGGAAGAAAAUGAUAUAUAUAUAUAUAUAUAUAUACAUAUAUAUAUAUAAUAUAAAAUCACUUGGUGAUUAAAAAUAACUGCUCCAUAAAUAAAACUCCUAAAGUCACUAUGUUUAAAGGGUUUGGUUGUGCUUUUUGUUUCCCGGAGAAAUAUUGUAAAUAUCUAUUUUUUGUUGCUGAUUUAGAGUCAAUCUCCAAUGUUGUGCUAAAAAUUUAAAUUAAAUGUAAGCAUUAAAGGGGAUAACAAGACGUCUUUGGCAUCUCCAUUAACACCUUGGGGUUCUUGAGGGCAGGGCAGGGGAGGAAGAAGAGCCUGUCAGCUGGGCCUGGUCUCAUUUCUUCAAAGUCCUUCACCCUCGGUUUUAGAAAAGAGCAAGGCUAUUUUUGCUCUGGAUAUUAUAGGGAUGGGAAAUAUUUGUGUAAUAAAUUUUAAGAUGCAAAAGAA